AUGCAAACUCUAAAAUGUGUUGUCGUAGGGGAUGGUGCUGUCGGUAAGACCUGUCUUUUGAUCUCAUAUACGACGAACCAAUUUCCUGCAGAUUACGUCCCAACUGUGUUUGAUAACUACGCUGUUACUGUUAUGAUUGGUGACGAACCAUACACUUUAGGAUUAUUCGAUACAGCUGGUCAAGAAGAUUAUGAUCGUUUAAGACCUUUGUCCUAUCCAUCCACAGAUGUGUUUUUGGUAUGUUUUAGUGUCAUAUCACCACCAUCAUUUGAAAAUGUUAAAGAGAAAUGGUUACCUGAAGUACGUCAUCAUUGUCCUGGGGUCCCUUGUUUAAUUGUUGGUACACAAAUUGAUUUAAGAAAUGAUAAAGUUAUUUUACAAAAAUUACAAAAGCAAAGAUUACGUCUGAUUACAAGAGAACAGGGUGCUCAAUUAGCCAGAGAUGUCAGAGCUGUUAAAUAUGUUGAAUGUUCUGCAUUAACCCAGUCUGGUUUGAAAAAUGUUUUUGAUGAAGCCAUUGUAGCUGCUUUAGAGCCACCAGUUGUAAAGAAAACUAAAAAGUUGUGUACCAUUUUAUAA